GCGACACCGACACGCACUCACAGACGCGGCAAGCUGCACACAAAUGGGACAAGCCAUCUGUCUGUCUGUCUAGCUGCCCAGCUGCACCGACUGCACAAUCGACUGCUGCAAGAAGUCCCUCUGAGCGAUCCACUUCUCCUCAGCUGACCCGCUCCGGCCUCCCGCAGACGCCCAUGCAGCAAGAUCCAGCUGACACACACACAUCCGUCCAUCCCUCCCUCCUUGUCAUGAUUGAUGGUGCGCCUACCGUGGCAACGCGGCAGCCCAGUUUCUGCAGCGCCCUCUGCCUCAGUCGAAAUGGCGCCGUCCACUCCCCCAUCGCAAAUGUGGGCAUCGAGUAGGCGGCAUCCCCCUCUCCCUCUCCCUCCUUCUCUCUGUCCGGCUUGUGGUCAAUGUCCGUCCUGUAUCUGUUGACAUCGCCGUCAGGCUCCACAACGAUCCGCUCCACACAGCCGGCGGCUCCAUGCUCCAUCUCAAUCACGCCCGUCACAGCCAGCGGCCCCACCAUCUGUGUGGGUGCCUCCCAUCCACCCUUGCCCCGCCCGCCCCACCCCCACUGGCUCGCCGUCUUGACCACACGCACAGAGGGCACCUCCUCCAUCUGCUGCAGCAGCGAGAUGGGCAGAGGGAUGGGCGAGGGCAGGAACACCCCGGGGUAGAACGGAUCGCUCAUGUGCGGCGCCUUGGAUAUGCCGAGCGGGUCGGCCCGCACGUGCGAGUGGGCCACCGGGAGGGCGGCCUGGGAGAUCGGUCGAGAAUGCACCAUGUCCAGCAGCCUCUCGAGGAGGUCCGCUUGGGAGAGGGGAACUGGUGUGUCGGGGUCGAUAAAGAGGGAACAGAGGUGCAGCACCGCCAGCUGUGAGGGCGUGAGCAGUGCGUGCGAUGCGUAGGGGCCGGGGAGGCGGCGCGAGAGCUCCGCCAUGACGAGCGGCAGUGAGAUGGAGGGUGCUGUCGAUGAUUGACACGAUGCGCUCUCGAGGAGGCUCGCCAGGCAGAGCUGUGCGAGGGAGGGGAUGGGCAGAAUGGGCAUCGACCGCACCAGCCGUCGAGACAGGUUCUGCCGGCUCGCCUCGUCCAACACGUCCACCAGCUGCAUGGACACCACAUACACACACGUCUGGUUCGAUCCACCCCCAUUCACGCCUUGCCACCCACCUGCAGCUCGGUCAGUGCCAGCCAUAUGGCGGCGUAGCAGCUGUCGAUCUCUGGUGUCGGCCUUGGCUCCUCCGGAGGCGCUUUCCUCGACCAGUGCUCGACGGCCUGCAGCAGGGGGUACACAACCGACGGCAGCCGACCGCGGAGCGCCGCGACAUUCUGACAAGAAAGCACACGGAAAAGUGCGCAUCUCCACACACAGAGACACCGCUUGUGUGUCCUCACCUUGAGAGUGACGGCCAGCCGUCUGAUCGUCUCAUAUCCGUCACCAUGUCCAUCCUCCACCAGCCCGUAGGUCAGCCCAGGGUCGGCCACCAAGGCCCUCACCGCAGCCGCCACCCCCUCGUCACCUACCAUGCCGCUCGCCUCCAUCGCCACACCCAGACCGCUCCAUCGGUCGGGGCCCCAGCAGGACAGCUCAGUCACGAUCUCCGGCACACGCACACGGUGGGCGGACUUGGUGCUGGUGCGGCUGUUGGUGUCUUGGCUUUCUUCCAUUGGUGGGACGAUCGUGAGAAUCGCUCGGCGGGCCUUCUUGUAUGGAGGGGGCGGUUGUUGCUGCGGCUGCAGCUGCUCGCUUGUGUCGUUGUCUGAGUCGAGUGUCGGCUCCUUAUCGUCAAGCUCGUCAGAGAAGACGCUCUCCAACUCAUGGCCGUUGGAGGGCUCUUGAUUUGACCAGAAUGCCGGGAAGCCUGCCGCUGCUGCUGGGGGCGGUGGUGGAGAUGUCAAUGGCGGUCUGGCAUGCUGGAUGUCUUCGUAGAACCUGACAGCUCGGUCGCACAGCUGUGUGGCCUUGACGGCCAUACUCCGAAAGAGAUGGGUGAACUGCCGCUCCACCUUGGCCAGAACGCCCCCUUGCCCAUCCCCAGCAGCAGCCGCUGUCACCGCAUGAUCACCCUGCUGCGCAGAGACCACCAUCAUGUCACCACCCGAAGAAGCGCCCCCAUCAUUCUCACUAAGCAGCCGUGGCCGGUCUCCCUCCAUCAGGCGGUCCCACACCCACCUCUCACGGACGGCCCUCCGCACAUCCCCAGGGUCGCCCCACUCAUAGCUGCUCGCCACGCCGGCCAGCGAGUGCAUCACUCGCAGCAGGGACGGGCCCCUCAGGUCGUCGAGCUGCCUGUGCAGGCCGUCCACCAGCACACCGAGUAGGAGGGGAUCCCUCAUGUCGGUGCGGCAUGAGGCGGCGAGGAGCUUGGAGAGGUCUUGGGCGUUGAAGCGCGUGUGGGUGGAUGGGAGGAGUCGGGACAUGUGGUAGAGAAGGGGUGGGGGGAGGGCGUUGGCGGCGGCGAGUGAGUGCAGGAGGUUGCUCGCCUGUGGCGGGCUGAAACCCCUGAAGACAGACAGACAGACACGGAUAUGCGACGCCUGCAGCAGUGCCGCAUCCCUUCAAACCCACAUGAGCUUCUCAUUGGCCAGGCGUCCGAUUUCCUUCAACACUCUUUCCACAUCACCGUUCCCAUCACCCUCUCUGCCCACCACACACCCAGCGGCCCACGCCAGCGAAGUCAGGUCCAUCGCAGUCAGCUGGCCGGUCGUCACCCGCCCCUCCAAAUGACACCACAGCACACUCAUCAGCCGCCCAUCAAGCCGCCCCCGCACCGCAAAGGCGCUCGCGACGAUGGCUGCGUGCCGCGGCGACAGCGUCAGAGAGGGAGGGGGCGGGGGAGGGGACCAGCCUUCAGGCAAGUUGAGGGCCGGGGGCGGCUGGCCUGGGGGGAGGGGUGGUCGUGCCGAUGAGUAACACAUUGGUACAGAUGAGCGCGGCAAGGCGUCGAGCAGGUGCUCGCGGAUGCGCGAGAAGACCCUGUCGAACGGGCCGUGGAUCUUGGACAGCGCCCACACGAUGUUGGCGACGUCCUGGCUCUGGGCGGCCGGCAGCUUCGUCAAGAACAAAUCUCCCAGCCGGGCAAACAGCGCCGGAAGAGCCAGGUCUGUGGCCAAUCGUUGCGAAGGCGGCAGACGACUGAGGGCGUUCAUCGAUAUGGCAAUAUCCGUGGCGCCGAACCGCUCACUCUUUGCCUUGAUGGUGUGAACAAACAGCCGAUAGAGAGCCGGGUCGUUGUACCCGGCCAUGACGAAGUAGUGCAGCAGGAGGGAGAUGUCCUUGGGCGCCAUCUUGGGCACCUUCCUUCGCGCAAACUGCCCGAAUGCGUACCACUGGCCCUCUCUGAAAGAGCCGCUGUUGAAUGCAUUGGACACCAUCAGCCGCAGACCGACGCUCGUAUGCGGGCUGAGCCGGUUCCGCCGCUUGCUGCCCAGUGCAGAGGGGGAUCUGUCGAUGCCAUCCAGAUCCACGCCGGGCGCGUCAGGCAUGUAGAAAGAGGGGCGUCUGGGGUGAUGGGAUGUUGGCUGAGAUGGAGGUGGGGAAGGAGAGGGAACAAGGCAACGCACGGAGCGCUUCAUCUUCCU